CCAUCCAUUCACACAUCCUUUGUUUUUUGUGUGUUUUCUGUUUGCCUGCCAUCCAUCAUGUCGGCGUACACAGGCGAUGACUGUAAAGGGAAGCAGCAUUCAGAGACACACACCGUCCUCCUCACACAGUCCUCCAGGCCUCGACGCCUGGUGGGGGCGCUGUGGAGCGUCCUAGCUUAUGCAGGUCACUGUCUCCUGCAGCCAGGCUACUGUGUGGCGGGAGCCGGCAAAGCGUUGGGGUCAGGGGUCGGGACAGUGGUUCGGACAGUGGUGCAGAGGCUGCUCUCCGUCUUCUGGAUGCUCCUGGCUGCUCCAGUGAAGGCAGGCAGAGGACUCUUGUGGUUUCUUGCAACAGGAUGGUACCAGCUGGUGUCUCUUGUGUCUCUUCUCAAUGUCUUCUUUCUGACACGAUGCCUUCCUAAACUCUGGAGGCUCCUGCUUUUCCUUUUGCCCCUUUUGCUCCUCCUUGCGUUUUGGUUUUGGGGUCCGUCCGCUGCUGCCAUACUUGCCUACCUCCCAGCCAUAAACCUAACAGAGUGGCGUCCGGCGUCUCCCAUCACCCUCCUGUCUAACUUGGUGCCAGCUGUAGCUCCGGCCCCUGCCUCUGUCCCCGUCCUUCCAUCAGGGGCUCCAGUGGUGCAGACCCCCGCCACCCCGCUCUCACAGGCACCGCCACUCCUCCCCCCUGUGGCAGUCUCUAGCAUUGACUUGGAGCGCCUGGAACGUGUGGAGGGCAAAUUAACCCUGCUGUGGGAUCGAGUCCAGCAGGGUGAACAUAAGCAGGAUCAGAGUCACAGGGACGUGUUGGCUCUCUACAGCUCCCUGAAAGAGCAUCUCCACACUGAGACAGACAGAGAGGCCCUGGGACUGUGGGUGUCCUCCCUGCUGGAGAACAGACUGGGCGUGUUGCGGGGAGAGCUGGAGCAGGAGAGUACACACAGAGCCCAGAGUGCUGAGCAGCAGAAGAAGCACCAAGAGGGGCAGGCAACACGGCUGGCUGACUUAGAGUUGUGGCUCACUGCUCUGGCUGCCAAGACUGGGGAGGUGCAACAGCGGCAGCAGCAGUAUGAGCACGAGAAGCAGGAAAAGGAGGAGGAGGACGUUGUCCCUUCAGCAGCAGACACGGUUCCUGUCAGUGUGGGAGUGAAGCAGGAGGAACAUGAUGCUCUGCUAGCGGAGGUGAAGAGACUUGAGCUGGAGCUGGGCAAAAUCAGAAAGGAUCUGCAGGGCGUUGUGGGAUGCAAGGGCAAGUGUGAGCAGCUGGAAACACUGCAAGAGACGAUAUCAGCCCAGGUGUCCUCCCAGGUGUCCUCCCAGGUAUCCUCCCAGGUGCGUAAGGAGCUGCAGGCUCUGUUCUUCGGCAGUGGCGGGUCAGGAGCGGAGCAGGGAGAGGUGCCUGAGUCCCUGAUCCUCUGGUUGUCUCAGCGCUACGUCAGCACCCCCGACCUGCAGGUCUCCCUCUCCUCACUGGAGCACAGCAUCCUGAAAGACGUGUCCCUGCAGCUGGAGCUAAGCCGGGCUCAAACCCUAGGUGAGGCUGAGUUCCAAGCCAAGACCAUCGUUCAGACCGUGAGCGGGAGCGUCCAGCACACUGCUGCUGCUGAGGGACUGACGAAAGAGCAAGUGGCGCUGAUUGUCCAAAACGCUUUGAGGCUCUACUCCCAGGACCGAACCGGCCAGGUGGACUAUGCCCUGGAGUCUGGAGGUGGCAGCAUCCUCAGCACUCGCUGCUCUGAGACGUAUGAGACCAAGACGGCCCUCAUGAGUCUUUUCGGCCUGCCUCUCUGGUACUUCUCCCAGUCUCCACGGGUCGUCAUCCAGCCCGAUGUGUACCCCGGUAACUGCUGGGCGUUCAAAGGCUCUCAGGGUUAUCUGGUGAUCCGGCUGUCCCUCAGGAUCCUGCCCACAUCCUUCUGUGUGGAGCACAUCCCUAAGGCCCUGUCUCCAACUGGAAACAUCACCAGCGCGCCACGCAACUUCACUGUCUUUGGUCUUGAUGAUGAGUACCAGGAAGAAGGGAAGCUGCUGGGGCAAUACGUGUAUGAGGAAGAUGGAGAGUCACUGCAAACCUUUCCUGUUAUGGAGCAGAAUGACGGGGCCUUUCAGAUCAUAGAGGUGCGCGUGCUGUCUAACUGGGGUCACCCAGAAUACACCUGCAUGUACCGCUUCAGAGUACAUGGAGAACCUCGGCCUCAGUGAUCCAGCCACUACCAUCCACACUCAUAAAUGACAUAUCACAAUAUCUGUACAUAGCUCUCGCCAACUUCUUUUUAAACAAAGGGGACGGGACUCGGCAGAACUCUGUGGACGUUUUUAUAUGAAAGACAUGAAGACAAUGAAGUUGUGGAUUGUAAGGAAUGUUUCCUGGCUGAAUCGUGAACAUGUGUUUUACAAUACUAAAGAAUGGCAGGAUAGCCUGUAUGUGGACCGAGUGAUUUCAGAAGAAGAAGAGAAACUCAGAAAAAGCUAAAACUCCUAGUCCUCUUUUCGUCAAAAUGCCUCUUGCACUGAAUCAGCCCGUUAGGGGCGACCGGCUCCACGGAGCGGACACAUCCAUCCCUCUCUUGGCACCUUCCACUCCUACAGGGAGUUGGACGCUUAGAAUGGGGUUUAUGGAAUUAUAGACACAUGUCCACCAUUUCCUCGUCGGCCGCAUCUCAGACUGAUUUUGGUUUCUGUACUUAAUCAUCUAUAUUUAACUCUGAUUUCCUGUCACUCUACUAUUUUCAGGAUCAAAGCCACUUUUGCCUGUGACACUGUGCAGGCAUGUCACUCCUUUUGUUGCUGUCAAGUCUCUGAAAUGACUUUACCUGAGCUGUUUGGGCAACCUUCAAAACUGCACACCACUCACAGUGGAUAUAUAAAGUUCACUACAUUCAAGGCCCCAUGCAUCCACCUAACCUUUUUUCUUUGGGAACUGAACAUGUUGCCUAUGGACAGGCUCUGAAUGUCUCCUCAAGUGAAUGCUUGAUGCAAAUCAUCCUUUAACUUCACACCAACAGAAGCAAUCAACACUGACCUGAGCUUUGAGCUGUUUUAGGAGGAUCCUCACUUUGUAAUUUAGACAAGAUAUGUGUAUGGUUAUGGAUGGACUCCAGGAUGAACCCUUGCAUGAUGUGACUCUUCCCAAACCAUUCUCCUAACUUGUAAAGUAAAUGCAUCCUGGAUUUACAUGAGGUAUGAAGGCGUUGGGUCCUGUGCCUGGAUCUCAAAAUACUAAUGACAGAUGUCGAAAGCUAACUAAAGACUGUAAUUUAGCUUUAAACAUCUUGCUGUCGAACGCUAAAUGAUUGAAUUACUCCUGUAGACAAGAGUGUGAUUUUUCUUUCCUGAUUCUCUAAAGAGGUGACUGUGUCUCCCUCUAGCUCAGUUUUAAACGUCCUCCUCACAUGGGCUCCUCUAUUCUGAAACCCUGAAGGAAUGUAUUCUGUAUAUUUUACUGUUGAUAGUCGGUCCUUUAUAAUAUCUGCUUUUAUCAGUGUUGCUUUAUAAAAAAAUCAUCCUUUCAUAAUUAUUACAAUUAUUAUGUAUUACUACCAUGAUUUCUACUGUUACUCAUCGUGUUGUUUUCCUUUAUUUUGUUUAGUUUUUUGGGGGGGGGUUGGAUGUCGAAGGAUGCACUGCCAUGACUUGUGAGAGAAAUGCUUGUGGCACAGGUCUUCAGAAUUUGUUUUUUUAAAUUGAGGGUGUAUGUAUUCAUUAAUUUUGGUUCCAAACAUGGGGAAGUAUAAAUUGUUAUGUAUAAAAAAAUGUUAUGUUCACAAUAUUAUUUAUUAACAAGUCAAUUAGUGAAGGCAAGAUGUGACUUACUGCGAUGUAUAUUUUGUCAAAAGCUGUUCAGUGCAUUUUGGAAGCAUCUUGGGACUUUUUUUUUUUUUUUUUUAAAGAUAAAUGGCUAUUUUUGUUCAGUCAUGAGAUGACUUAACUGCUUUGGAAUGUAUUCCAAUAAAGAUUUUAAUUUUGAA